AUGAAAAUCUUCAUCACCUCGCACUGCUACUUCCCCUCCGCCUCCUCCGGCAUCCCCGCGACGAUCGAAGUCUGCUCCUCGACCGGUCUCGUCACCGCCAUCCAUCGCAACGUUCGCAAGAGUCGAGAAGAGUACCCUCAUGUGAACGACGAGGACUUUAUCCAUGUAGCCGAUCAGUAUUGGCUCCUACCUGGGGUGAGUCUCGUCAAUGAAGGAGGUAGGAGGAAAUCUCCGCUUACUCCGCUCUCUUUCUCCUGGCCCAGCUCGUCGACGCUCAUGUACACCUCAACGAACCCGGACGGACCGAAUGGGAAGGCUUCGCGACUGGAACGGCCGUGGGUCCACUCAUCAAUCCCUCUCAUUCAGUCCUCCAACUCACAUUUUCCCCUCCUCGGAAUAGGCCGCCGCGUCCGGAGGCGUGACCACCGUCGUCGACAUGCCUCUCAACGCGAUCCCACCCACCACCACCGUCGAUCAUCUACUUCAAAAGGUGGAGGCCGCAAAGGGGCAAUGUAGAGUCGAUUGCGCAUUCUAUGGAGGCGUCAUUCCGGGCAAUCAGGUUGGUCCCCCGAUCAAGUUCCCGGAAAACAGUUUUUUUUUUUUUUUUUUUUCGGUUGCUGAAUCCUUCGUCCCCAACCGGACAGGGCGAUCUUGUCCCCUUGGCAAACGGAGGAGUCAAAGGCUUCAAGUGCUUCCUCAUCGAAUCGGGCGUCGACGAAUUCCCUUGCGUCAAUGAGGAACAGGUCCUACUCGCCAUGCCUAAACUGGUCGUCAGUCCUCUCUCAUCUCCGACCAAAUUCCCCGCGUUCCCCGCUCGUAAACCUGACCGUUGCAUUCCCUCCCCGCCUCGUGACCCCCAGGAAGCGAAUUCGCUCUUCCUAUUCCACGCCGAACUCGACACCCCAACCGUCUCCCCCACCACCCCCUCAUCACCCGACUCAAGAUCCUACUCCACCUUUCUCUCCUCGCGUCCCCCAUCCCUCGAAGAAUCCGCCAUAUCCCUCAUCCUCCGUACAGCGCGCCAACACCCUUCCCUACGCACGCACAUCGUGCACCUCUCCGCAGCGUCCGCGAUCCCAGCUUUAAGGAAAGCUCGUAGGGAAGAACGAUUGAAGCUCAGCAUCGAGACCUGUUUUCAUUACCUCGUCUUGACGGCCGAACAAAUUUCCAAAGGCCAGACGCUUUACAAGUGUUGUCCACCGAUUAGGGAAGCGAUCAAUCGAGAUGCGUUAUGGAAAGCUUUGAUUGAGGGGGAUAUCGAUUUCGUCGUAUCGGAUCAUUCACCUUGCGUGACCGAACUUAAACGAUUGGAAGAGGGCGAUUUCAUGAAAGCUUGGGGAGGGAUCGGGGGAUUGGGUUUGGGAUUGAGUUUGUUGGUGACGCAGGGGAAGAGGAGAGGGGUUGGGAUGGAGAGAGUUUUGGAAUGGGUUUGUGAGAGACCGGCUAGGCAGGUAGGGUUGGAAGCGAGUAAAGGGAGGAUACAAGUCGGUGGUGAUGCGGAUUUUGUGGUGUUUGACCCGCGGAAGAAGUUUACGGUGCGUUGGACUGGUUCCCUCUUCUGGUGGAUCAUCAUCAACCGCACUGACACCCAAACCGACUUUUUUGUCGUUUCAGGUUAACAAGUCCGAAUUGCACUUCAAGAACCGUUCAAGUCCUUACGAAGGCUUGGAACUCGAAGGUGCGGUCAUCAAGACCUACCUCCGCGGUCAACUCGUUUAUGAUCGUGAGAAAGGUUUCAAAGGGAUCGAACCGAGUGGGAAGUUGUUGUUGUAG